AUGCAUGAUUCCGAUGAGUCGAAUUGUGCUUCGGAAAUUUCGAGUGGCCUCUACGCUCCCCCAGGAACCCCCACAUACUGUUCUUCUUUACACAUCCAACCCGACCGCGACCGCCAGUUGGAUGAAGAGACUGUGACCGCACUUGAUGAAGCACAAAUCCACACUGACAAACAAACUGAAGCAGACCCCGCAAUUGACGGCGGACCCACAGAAGAGGACCCUAAUCAGGAUGGCGAGCUGACGGCGGAGGACACCGAUGAAGAGUCGACUCGGCAUUUACGAGACAUCCUCCAGAGCUUCAACGACUCAGAUAGCCCUUAUUUUGUGAUUCCGAUGGACAGGGGAAAAGUUAGCGGACCCGGGAAGAUGACGGACCGUGUUCCUGAGCUGGAGCCGAUCCAAGCAGCUCUCUAUAAACUCCCGCCUCAAGACGAAAAAAUCAUCGAAGAUUAUCUGGAGAAGAUGCGCGAGGCUUAUCUUGAACUGGCAAAUAAUCCGCACCGAGACCGCUUCGGAGAUGAAGAGAACGCGUACUAUUUUGGCCAUCUAGACGAAGUGGAUCGGGCAAUACUGGGGAUGGCGGAAUCGAAUGUUUGGUUGAUUUGGGGGUUGCUGUUGACAUGGGCGACCCUGAUCACGACUUUGGAAGACACCCGUGCGAGGUCCUUCAAAAGCCGCAGGGCUCGGGAACUAGUGGACAGUCUGAAGAACGCGAAUGGUGGCGAUUUCGUAUCGAGUCCCGGCGACUGUGUCGUCGGCACUACCGGGCGCCAACACCGCGAAGUCUCGGAAUGCUCGAUUUGUCUGGAAAACUUCGCCCGAAGCAAGCGCAUCACAGUUUAACUACCGUGCCAUCCCUCUCAUCUCUUUCAUCGCAGUUGCCUCCAAAAAUGGUUGGAAGAGCGCCUGGAAUGCCCUUUC